AUGAAAUCAUUGAGAUUCUACCAGGGUCGUCGUGAAGGUCUACAAGAAGAACUGACAAACCUUCAAUUGGAGAGUAAAAACACCGAAGUGAAGGAGCCUAAAGGAGCGAUCAAGGCCGUCCUUACCACCAAACAUCUGCGGGGCGCCUUCGCAAUCUCCGUUGCCGUCCUUAUUCUGACCCUACCAUUCUAUCCAAUUCUACAAAACAGCACCCACUUCUUCACACACCUUCAAGUUCCAAACAACAUUGCACAACUUUCGUCUUCCUUGUUGAUGGUACUUCUCACCUGUUCCUGCAUCACAUCUACGUGUAUUGUUGAUAAGCUUCCAAGAAGGAGGAUGUUGCUGACAGCCGGGUCAUUAUGUAUGAUAUCUCUCACUAUUUUUGUGAUUGCUGCCGAAUGUGGCUUCAAAUACAUUGCUAUGGCGGCUGUAUUCGCAUUCAUCUGUUCAUAUGGGGUCGGUGUCGGACCGGUUGCAUGGUUUAUCUCACCUGAGUUGGUACCCCUACAGUACCGAUCAGCCAUGUUCUGCUUAUGUUACGCUGUACAUAGUGUGCUCGUCGUACUCACCAAUUUCGCCACAAUACCUCUGCUUGGACUGAUCGGCGAAAUCUGUUUCGUGCCAAUCUACAUCGUUCCGUGUUCAAUAGCUCUCGCCUACGUCUACAUAUUCCUUCCGGAGACAAAGGGUCGCGAAACUAUCGAUAUUGUGAACGAGCUGAAAGGAUUCCGAAAGAAGACGGACAUAGUGAAUGCUUGA